UGAUUUAUGAAUUAUGAUCAUAUUUUUGGCGACCUCGGCUGUGUCUAUAGAAACAAUAGCACAGUACGAAUUACAAAACCAAACUGAUCAUAAUCGUUCAAAUUCGGAUCUCCGGAGCGCCGUGGUGCCUUAAUGGCGGCGUUGAGACUUUUUCUCUUCACUUUGUUUUCAUCACUGCUCCUCACCGCCUCAAUCUCCGACGUCGAGGACGAGUCCACCAGAUCAAACGGCCUCGAUCACUUGACCUCCAAGAUCCGCACUCUAGAGAGUCGUAUUGAGGAGAAAACUCAAGAAAUAAAGGACAGGGAUGUGCUGAUUGCAUAUAGUGAGAAGAUGAUCAAAGAAAAUUCACAGAACAUGGCCUCUUUGGAGAGUGAAAUUGCCUCUCUUCGAGACAAUAGAAAUCCAGACGCUGUGGAGCAGCUGGGUGAAGCUAAUGUGAGAGCAGGUGAAUUGGAAAAUCAGGUGGAGAAACUGAAGAAAGAUCUUGCUAUGCAAAUCAAGGAUAAAGAACAGUUGGAAGCUCGGGCUCAUGAAGUUGGGAAAAAGGCAUCUGAAUUGAAUUCCAAAGCUGAUAAGCUUGAGAAGAUUGUUGAUGAACAGAAAACUAAGUUGCGUAAAACUGAGCGUGCUCUUCAAAUAGCCGAGGAAGAAAUGAUGAAGGCAAAGUUUGAGACAACGUCCAAAAUGAAGGAGUUGAUGAAGGUUCAUGGUGCUUGGUUUCCACCAUGGAUGGCUCUCCGUUUAACUUACUGUCAGUCUCUUUUUGAAAGGAAGUGGAAACUGCAUGCAAAACCUGCUUUGCAACCGUGGAUGCAGAGGGCUAUUGAGAAGAAGGCCCAAGCUAUUGAAUGGGUUGCACCACAUAUUGAAAAACUGAGAACUGAAUGGUUACCUGCGGUUAAGGGAAAGUGGGACGACAAUGUUGAUCCGCAUGUCCAAAAACUAACGAGAAAAACAAUAGAGAUAUAUCAAGUAUCCAAGAAUACUGCAAUGCCAUAUUUACUCAUAGCUGUGGAUCUUGUUGAUCCUUAUUUUCAGGGACUAAGGCGAGUGAGCAGACCAUACAUCACUCAGGUGGCCACUGCAGCAAGACCUCAUGUUAACAGAUUACGCUUUGCUGUGGAGCCCUACAUGAAGGGGCCAGUUCGUGCAUAUGGAAAAUUCCUAGAGUCAGCGACGACAUACCAUUAUCAGGUUCAAGACAAGGUGCAUGAGAAACUUAAGAGUCAUGAGCUUACUAAACAUUUAGCAACGAAAGAGCUAGUCUGGUUCGCUGCCUCUGCGCUGCUGGCUCUCCCCGUCUUUUUCCUGUUCAGAAUAUGUCCGGUUGUUUUCUGUGGGAAAAAAGCAAAAAGGGCAACUCGAAGAAAUGUAAGCUCCAGGCAUUAUUAAAAGUAGAUAAGUAAGAGGUUGAGAUGUUGGAAGGGGAAGCCCAUUGCAACAUUUUGUUCACUUACUUAAUGCAAGGCAGGUUUUGGCCCCUCUCAACAAAGUACGUUUGUAUACGAAGACAUGAACUCAUAAACCAACUCAGUUUUGUUUUUUUUAGGAAAUUUGAGACUCACAAUAUAAGUUAAUUUCUUCUUAAAAUCUUAUCAAACUAUAGGGUGUGUAUUAUAAAGGGUGUUAGCAAACUUUUGUAUCUGAAUUGAUGUUGUACUUUCAUUUUCUUUCAUAUAAAAUACUUAUCCCCUUUUUAA